CCCGCGGAGCACGGCGCCCGGAUGUGCGGCCCUUCCGGCGGCGAGGCCCGCCCGCCGCCCCGCCCCGCCCCGCGGGGUGCCUCACCGCCGUGGCUGCCCAUGGAGGCCGACGCGGAGGCCGAGGUGCGGUUCCUCUUGCAAGAGGCGCGGGAGAGCAUCGAGGCGGCGCGGAGCUACCGGCGGGAGCUGGAGCAGCGGCUGCGGGGGCUGCACCAGGCGCGGAAGCAGAUCAGAGAAAGUGCAACAUUGACCAGAGAUGUACUUGAGCAACAUUUUAAUGAUUUGAAAGGGACCCUGAAGAAGCUGUUGGACGAGCGCCUGAUGUCACUGCUGCAGGAAGUGGAUGCUAUAGAACAAGAGAGCAUCAAACCCUUGGAUGAAUGCCAGAAGUUAAUAGAGCAUGGGGUUAGUACGGCUGAUGAUCUGCUCCGGGAAGGAGAGAGUGCGGUCCAUGGAGACGUGGGACAGCAGAAUGAGAAACUUUGCAUCUUUACAAAAAAAGCUUUACAUAUUCAGCUAGAUAGCUUACCAGAAGUGCCCCCCUUGGUUGACGUGCCUUGUUUAUCUGCCCAGUUGGAUGACUGCCUUCUUACUAUAUUGAAAAAUCAAAUAUUCAGACAUGGAACUGUGGCAUCUCGCCCGCCUGUACAGCUGGAGGAAUUUGUUGAGAAGCCUGGAGGUAUUUUAGUCCGAUGGUGUAAGGUGGAUGAGGACUUCAUACCGCAAGAUUACCGACUGCAGUAUCGGAAGGGUACUGCCACUCACUUUGAAGAUGUGUAUAUUGGCUCGGAGACAGAGUUUGUGGUGCUGCACAUUGACCCCAAUGUUGAUUACCAGUUCAGGGUCUGUGCCCGAAGAGAUGGGCGGCAGGAGUGGAGCCCGUGGAGUAUUCCUCAGAUCGGCUCUACCACGCUAGUGCCCCAUGAAUGGACAACUGGUUUGGAGGGAUACAGCCUGAGCAGUCGGAGAAACAUUGCACUGCGAAAUGAUGCCGAGUCAUGUGGUGUGCUCUACUCCAAAGCUCCUACUUAUUUCUGUGGGCAAACAUUAACAUUCAGAAUUGAAACCGUGGGACAGCCAGACAGACGAGACAGCCUGGGAGUGUGUGUGGAGCAGCAGAACGGCUGCGAUUCCCUGCAGCGGGAUAAAGCCGUGUGCAUUAGCACAAACGGGGCAGUGUUUGUAAAUGGGAAAGAGAUGACAAACCAGCUGCCUGCUGUUACUUCUGGAUCGACAGUGACGUUUGACAUGGAAGUGGUGCACUUGGGGACUUCCAGCAACGAGGGAGGAAACUUCAAGCUCCGAGUAACCAUUAGCUCCAACAACAGAGAAGUGGUCUUUGACUGGGUACUUGAUCAGUGCUGUGGCUCUUUGUACUUUGGAUGUUCGUUUUCAUACCCAGGCUGGAAAGUUUUGGUGUUCUAGCAGCGAGUAAAGGGAUUUUUGUUCUUGCUGUAAUGUGUAAUGUUAAAACCUGGGUUUCCAGUUGUUUGGCGUCAACAAGCUGUUAACAAAACCCUGUCCUUGUACUACUUGAACUCCACUAUAUUGUACUUCCUACUGGAUUGAUUCAUUUAAACAAGUAAUUGUGAAACAUUGGAUUUGUUACUCUGGAAAAAAAGUUAGAAACAGGCAUUUGCAUAGGCAGAUUAAUUUAAGCAGUCCACCAGCCCUUUCCCUUUUCUCCUCCAGACUUGAUUUUUGUCAGUAUUUCAUUGUACUCUAGUCUCAGGGUACGUGUGUUGUGUAGAAUUAACUCUGCUUAAUGCUGCUGUUCUGUGAAGUAAGCCUGUAACCAUUUAGGGGGUGAAGGGGUGGUAAUGGACCAAAGUUUUAUUUAUACCACUCAAAACAAGCACAGUAUUUAGAGCAGCGAUGUCCUGCUAUGCUUCCUUGUGCACAAUGCUGCCUUAAUUGUAUGAAGGGACAGUGGGUUCUGCAUGCAACAGCCCUUUCUUCCACGCACGGUACUGUUCAUUCCUCCAGAGCAAGGACUUCUGAGCCAUAAUGUGUGUUUAAAUAUGUAGCCAGUCUGUUAAUGUCUCACUUAAGUGCCUUAUUCCCAGAUAUUUCUUGAACUGUUGUUCACUUGGAAUAUAUUUUUCUAGAGUAGUUCAUGGUGAUGCUAACAUCAGCUUGAUGUGGAUGCUCGCUUCAGACUAGACCAGUACCUAGUGUAGGAACGUUAUCCUUAUCUGCUCUCAAUGUCUUCUCUAGUUGAAGCUACCAUCAGAGCAAGUCUUAGCAAUUCAGCACUGAGGCAUGAUGUGCAGAUUGGCAGCUGUGAUUCCUCACAGAGUCCCUCUAAGACUUGGAGCCAGCCUUCUUUCUAUUGUCCAACAACAGACACCGUGGAAGUGCUGUUCUGAUGUGCAGGAUUCCUAGAAAUCCCAGACAGCUGCCUGGGAAUAACUCAUGUUUGGGUGCAAUAGUGCAGGUUGAUGAUCUGAGCUGCCCCAGCAAGUUGGAGUUCCUGCUGGAGAUCCACCUUGGGAGAUAAUGGAGAUGGGUGCUGAGUAUGGGCUUCAGCCAGACCCUGCUGUCACAGAUCUAACUUGUGGCAGUCAGAAUGGAACAGAGGAUGGUAAUUUACUCUCUCCUCCAUGUAAUAGGAUGGAAUAAGAAACUAUGAUUGAUGAAUUGACUUUGAAUUCAGACGUUACAUGAAGUUACUACUAUUUCCCCUAAGGAGCAACUAAGAUUCAGAAUGAGUCUAGCAAAGAGAGCCUAUUCCUUGUCAACAGAUUGCAGUACUACUGCAUUUAAAUCCUGUUUCCAAGUAACACUCACUGGGGGUCAUCUUACCUCAAGUUCAAUUAAAAUUAAAUAUAUUUUAGUAGGUUAGAAUAGUGAUAUUUUUAUGCAACCUGGACAAUCACUCUGGCCUUUCAGUGUCACCACACUUCAUUAGCUUUCUACACUAGCAUAAAAAGCCUGAAUUUACAUUGGAUGAGCGUGCCCCAUACUCAUGUUCUCAGUACAAAAAGAUCACUCAUCCUGCUGCAUUUUUUCCCCAGGGGUACAAGAACUUGAGAAUAGGGGUUAGUAUUUAUACCAGUUACAGGAAAGCAAAUCAUGAGUAGAGAUCCAGACAGAUGCAAAGAGCUCACACAGGACAGAAUGAGGUUAGAAUUUCCUUUAAGACACAAAGUGAGGAAGACUGGGCACCUGCAGGUAAGAUUAUCCAGUGUUAGCAACAAAAAGCCUGCAGUACUAUCAGUUCUUCAAGCUUAACUAUUUCACUAUUGGGAAGUACAAUACCAGCUGAGCCUGUACUUUCAGGGGGAAGAGUUACCCUGCGAGGACUAUUUUCAACUACUUUUAAAAUACAGUUCUUUUCCUGUAGCCAGGAUCAAACAGUACCAGUCCUGUUCAGAGAGGGUCAGGGUGGCACUCCAGCUUGCAGCCGACCUAAAUCUUGCUCCACUUAUUAAGGCUGGUAAUUUUACUUCCUGCUGGUAAUGUUACUUAUUUCAGGUGUCAGGUACUAGUUGUAACUUAGUACUUUUACCAUAUGAAAGCUAAAAUAGUGAAUAUCUACACUUGGGAGGUACCAGCAGGUCAGGUACCUUUUUGUCUGUGUUUGGAGGAGCAUCAGACUUGAUUCUGCAGGAUAUUUACUUGCAUAUUAGAAAAUAAAGCUUAAGCCUUGAAUUCAGGUACUUCCAGAGGUGGUAACACUGUGACAGUUCAUUCAGAAUAUAUACAUGAAGCAGCCCGAGGUGACUGUGAAGGGCUGGAAGAGGCCCCUGCUGCUCCCCUGGGGAGCAGAGGAUGGCAAUAGAAAUAGUUUCUCUGACUUCAGUCUUUAGCUGUUGUGUGUUCACCAAGGGCAGCUGCCAAUAGGAGCUGGUUUGGGGUUUCUCUUGGGGUUGUUGUUGUUUAACAUAGCACAAGCCUAACUGUCCAAACUGCAGAUCAGGUACUGCUCAGCCACCCCUUAGUGCUGCACCUUUUAAACCUGUGAGGGGUAGAGAGUCUCAGGGCAAGAGACCUGAGUAAUAAAGUACAAAGUACAUAAAGAAGCGAAAGAGGCUUGAAUGAGAAGGGGUGAGAUUCUGUUCUUCCACAGCAGAGUUCAGCUAGACGGAAAACUUGCCCCUUCCUUUACUUUUCCCCCCUCUAGCCCUUGGAGCCCUGCAAGGAGCAGAAUGCUGUGUGUAAAAUGCAGUCCUGAAAGGUGUUCUCUUAAGCUGGUGCAUUCACUUACCUCAACCAAGGAUUCUGCGUCAAGUGAAAGUUGAGUUUUUUUAAAUAAAGUUUUAUCCCUCA